AUGAAACUCCCUUGCACAUUGGUAUCUAUUAGUGAAGUGCAAUUGACAUCAGGUAUCACCAUGCAAGGUGUUGCCACAUUUACCAAGGUACAAUCUAUCUUUUCAAGCAAUGAAGUUGCACUACUACUUGAAGUAGAAGAGGGUAUCACUAGUGUUCUAGAUAAAUCUAAACGAUUUGCAGCUAAAAAACAUGAUUUUCUAACAUGUGUGGAAGGGCUCAAGGGAUUUGAUAGAGACGAGCUUCUUAAUAGUGACAGCAGGGGGAGUUGUAUUAUCACAGACCAUGCUCAUUUAGUUCUUUUAAAUAUUUAUGGGUCUCAAGCUGCAUAUGAAGAUACAAAGUGGCUUGAUUUCAAGCUCUCAUUCUACAAAAUACUGCAGAAUAGAUGGGAGAAUCUCAUUCUCAAAGAAAGAAGGAUAAUUGUUUGUUGGUGA